UUACUGUGGGUAUGUUAAUCAGCUGACCUUCCUCUGUGGACUCUUCGUACAGUCUUGUUUGUUAAUAUCGACGCAUCGCCCUUUAUCUCUCCUCGAUAAUCCCUCUGCCUAACUAAAGAGUCCAUACUUUCCACAUCUUCCAACCCCACAAAAGCUAUAUCCACAUAGCUUCAUCGACACGGAACAAUGGCUACAGACUUCAGCAAAUACAUGACAUCUCACCUCUUCACCUUCGUGAUCGGUCCCCAGAAGAAAGACAUCACGGUACAUUCGGGCCCACUGGCCAGCCUUUCCGCCCCACUCAACAACCUCAUCAACGGCAAAAUGCUCGAGGCCAAUAAGCGUCAGGCGGAUUGGUCGGAGGUCGAGGAGGAUACUUUCUUUCGACUGUGCGAGUAUGCCUACGUGGGGGAAUACACGCCGCCGGCUUGCGGUACGAUGGACAUUCCUGAGAUUCCUGAGGAGGUUGUACCGGAGCCAGUACCUGAACCGGAUCCAAUGCCCGAGCCGGAGCCAAUGCCUGAGCCGGAGCCAGUACCUGAGCCGGAGCCAGUACCUGAGCCAGAGUUUACCGAAACACCGAGCAUUGAUCAUGCAAAUCCAUUUGGAGGUUGGGGCUGGGGCCAGUCAGUGAAGAUGCCAAAACCCGCACCCUACGAUAUCUGCCCUGGCCAUAGACUGCCAUUCCAGAAUAAAAGCUUCCGGACUUCCCAUCUCCGCGGGAUACUGAGUGGUCUUAAGUCCGAGCUUGAAACUAAACAGGAUCAGUCCUUGCCAACCCAGAAGUAUACCCCAGUGGGGAACUCCCACCCCAGCGAGGACUUCUACCCAGUAUUCCUGGGUCACGCGGAGCUAUAUGUUCUGGCCGACAAGUACAAUAUCGCGUCGCUCAAGGACCUGGUGUUAUACAAAUUGGUGCAGACGUUGUUGCCGUUCACACUGUAUGAAACCAACGUCGGCAAUGUGACAGAAUGGGUCCGAUACUCGUAUCAGCACACCCUCCCUCGAGAUCCUCUGAGGAAUUUGGCUAUUGCCUACAUUGUGUCGAAUCUGGGGGAGCUGGGUGGGAGUGAGGGACUAAAGGAACUUCUCGCAGAAGGUGGUGAUUUUGUGUUGGACUUUUGGGAGAAAAUCUGGGAUGCUAAUUGAUCGACUAGCUCAGGGUGUUGGAUGGUCCUGAGCUUUGUCGAUGCAAUUCAACAUACCCACUGGACCAAAGGCCGUAAUUGAGCAUGGCAGUGUAUUCAACACAAAGAAAAAAAAAACAGAAGAAUCGGACGAGGCCAGCCUGAUGCUAUCCCUUUUGAACGCACUGCAUAUCAACCAUGAUGGAACACGCUAGGGUUCCUAUCCGGAAGAUAUUACAUUUAUCCCACUUAUCCAAACCCUCCAAUCUUCCCACAGAGUCAAUAUCCUACCAGCCUC